GUUAUUAAAAAUUCUAUUGAAGCAGAGCAAGUUAGACACAUACAUUUUUUUAAUUUUACAAUAAGUAUCCCUAACCUUGAUCCAAAUAUACAUUAUUAAACACAAAGCAACGCGCUAUAUCUCAUGUAUUACAAAUUAUUCCAAUAAUAAUAUUACAUUUCGUCGCAUUGUAAAUCCUUUGUAUGAAUUUACAUCAAAGUUUUUUUACGUUUCUGGGCCAAAGUCAAGAAUGUGUAGACAAGGGAAUCUGAAGUAGUCUCUAUAUAGAAUUUUAAGACGUAGAAGACGAGCAGCGAUAGUAAGUGAUACAGUUAGAGUGUGAAAAUGACCCACUUCAGGCGUGAUAUUACGUACAGUGCUCUGGAUAACGAGUUGACACCACCACUCGCGAGUUCUGCUGAAAACACCAGCCCCCCGACACUGAUUACCCUCGACCAGGAGCCAGACGAUACGACCAACGUUAUCAUACACAAAGUACCUCAAACUAAAGGAGGAUGGACACACAUAAAAGAUCUGGACUCAUUUUUUACAAGAAUGUACAGAUAUUAUGUGAGAGGUGGCUUCUAUCCCAUGAUUAUGUCAGAUUUGUUUUACUUAAUACAGUUUGUGUUCAUUGUGUGGUUUUCAACAUUUUUAAUACACUGUGUGAAUUAUCCAAGACUAUUUAGGAAUGACCCUAAAGCAAAUAGAAGUGAAAAAUUGACUUUAAGUGAUGUAAUUUUUCCUACAUCUCAAUGUGUGAGCUACAUAUCAUGGACUUGGUGGUGCCUCAUCACACUCUGCUCCAUCAUUUGGUUAAUGAGAUUGGCCAUAUCAAUUUAUCAUUUAUUUUAUGCAUAUGACACAAAAUUAUUUUAUAAUAAUGCUUUAAAAAUUAAAGAGAAUGAUUUAGUAUGGAUCAAUUGGUCGACAGUACAGGAAAGAGUGCGGGAAGCCCAGGCAGAACACCACAUGUGCGUCCACAAGCAGGAAAUCAAUGAACUAGAUAUUUACCACAGGAUACUCAGAUUUAACAACUAUAUGGUGGCAAUGGUCAACAAGAAUUUACUUCCUCUGCAAAUUCAAGUGCCCUUCGUAGGUGAUUUCCAUUAUCUAUCGAGAGGAUUAAAAUGGAAUUUGGAGUUUCUGUUGUUUUAUAGCCCAUGGAGUCCUUGGGAGAACUGCUGGCAGCUUCGCACGGCGUAUAAAGAUCACUCCAAGCGAAUGAUGCUCGCUAAACAGCUUGAAAGACAAAUCGUACUACUCGCUUUGAUCAACCUAUUCCUCGCACCUCUCAUCCAGGCGUGGCAGAUACUCUAUUUCUUCUUUAACUAUGCAGAGCUAAUAAAACGUUCGCCCGGAUCGCUCGGACUUCGCACGUGGUCGUUAUACGCGCGCGUGACAUUGCGGCACUUCAAUGAGUUGGAACACGAGCUGCGGGACCGACUCAACCGUGCCCACAAGCCUGCCACUAAGUACCUAGGCAGCUUCAGUUCACCAAUCACCACUGUCAUUGCCAAAAACAUAGUGUUCCUAACAGCGAGCGUAUUAGCCGUGUUCGUGUUGCUGACGGUGUACGACGAGGAAGUGCUGACUGUGGAGCACGUGCUCACUAUCAUCACCAUAUUGGGCUGUGUUCUGGCUGCGGCAAGAGCUCUGAUUGGUGAGGAGGAGAGACUGGGCGGCGCGUGCACGGGCCCGGCGCGAGGCGAGGAGUUCCUCGUGCAGGUGUUGGGCCACGUCCACUACUUGCCGGCGGCGUGGCGCGGUCGCGCGCACACCAAGGACGUGGCCGCGCACUUUCAGCAGCUGUUCCAGUUCAGAGCGAUAUACAUUUUGUACGAGCUACUGAGUCCGCUGCUGUGUCCUUUAGUGCUGCUCUCCAUACGCACACGCGCCCUUGAUAUCGUUGACUUCUACCGAAACUUUACUGUCACCGUUCUCGGCAUAGGGGAUGUAUGCUCUUUCGCUCAGCUUGAUAUACGACGACACGGUCACCCUGAUUGGCAGGCACCUGGAAAAUCUGGAGAUAAAGGCUCUAACACCCAGUACAACCAAGGGGAAGGAGGUAAAACGGAGUUGUCUCUGGUCGCGUUCUCGUGCCGACACCCCGGCUGGACCCCCGCGGAGCCCACACAGCGCCAGUUCCUGCGGUCGCUGCGCCAGAGCAUGCAUCACGCUCUACCUAACCAGAACGGACUGAACAAAACAAUGCUUGGCUCGUACAUUCAGCAGAGUAUAUUUGGCACCAAUACACCUCUACCAGCUGUUCUCUCUUACUACCAGCAACAACGUCAGCAUUAUAGACUUCCGGAAAUGGACGAGAUAAGCGACGAGGAAGAAGGCGAGACGUCAAGGGGUCCUGUGGGGUUGGCGGGCACUAGCAGUGCGUUAGGGCCCAGUGCCCUCGGGCUGGGCCCGCCGCCCGAAAUGCCCGAAGUGCCCGAUGAGACGCGCGAUAUGUCAGUCAGCACUCUGCAUCUGUAUGACCUGCAUCUGUCACAGGCGGUCCAGAACGUGUCAGCAUGCUGCACCAACAACUGCAGCGAACGGAACCGCGGCGAGAGCCGAUGGGAGAGCGGCGAGAACACCCCCUUGCUUCACCGCCCAUAACAGUGGCUGGCCGCGCCCAGAUCCGGUCCCCAGUGGGUGUAGCUCAUACUUACUGUCUUUCCCCCCUAUAUAGACUUCUGAAUCCCCCCUAUUCUUAAACAACUGGUGACCCGUUCUACUUUCGGCCGGGUGCAAUUUUUUGUAUCAAAAAUUUGAAUAAAUUUAAAUUCGACUGCUUUACAGGAAAUGAAAAUUUAUUAUCAUAUAUAAUUCCCUUUGGGAAAAAUCUAAUUACGCUUCAUACAAUUAUAAUUCCCAUUGGGAAAAAUUUUAUUACGCUUCAUACAAUUAUGUUAAAAUCAGUCAAAUCGUCAAAAAAUAGAUGAAAAUGAGAAAAUAGAAAUUCUUCUUCAGCAGUCGGAUAAAAAGAGUUGUUGUCUGCCUUUUUAUGUUUGUCUGUAAGUAAAUAUUUAGCUAAAAUUAAUUUUCAUUCUAAUUUGACGAGUCGAUUCUUCGAUGAAACUGUUUUCCUUAAUUUUUAAAUUGUUUGACUAGUCGUUUUUUCGAUAAAUUGGUUUAACUUCUAUAACUAUAAAUAUAUAUUCUUUUUACUUAGCAAAUCAAUACAAUCACACUUUGGACGUGUAUAUUGUUUAUGAAUGAAAAAAAAAUCAUUAGAUUUUAAUUUUUUGACAUGCACUUAAAUAUUUUAUAAAUAUUUGCUAAAAUUAUUUUUAAUUCGAAUUCUUUGACAAGUCGAUUUUUCGAUGGAACGGUUUUUCUUUUAACUUCAUUUUUAAAUUAUAUAUACCUAGCACCUCAAAAAGUCACACAUUGAGCUUGAAUAUUGGUUAUUAAUAAAAUCAACUUACUUAAAGCAACAAUAAUCAAAAAAAUACCUAAUUCGUUUAUCCAUAUUUAUAUUACUGAAUGUACUUAUGAAGUGGUAAGAUAAAAGGGCAGACAGCGAAGUAUAUUUUAUACUGUUAGAUUUGAAAAACCAUCUGUAAACUUAAUAUAACUCAAACGUGAUUUGUCCUAGUCGUACCAAUUUCAAAUUGAUAUUGCUCUAUAGAUUAAUUAUUUAAAACCAACGCAACAUAUACUCCUAAAUUGUGCUUUUGUCGUGUCUGUGAAUAAGUGCAAGAUGCCAUUUUACAGUGUGUCUCGUUUUGCGCUUAUUUAAAGAAAAACAACAUGUGUUUGUGACUGUGUGUGCCAGGUUCAACGAAUACAUACAAGAAUACUAAUACACAUACAUACACAAAAUAAUUCUUUGACGAGUCGAUUUUUCGAUGAAAUGGUUUCACUUUCAUAGAUGAAAUUAUUUUUACCUAGCACUUGCACACAUUGAACUUUUAUAUUGUUUAUGAAUUAAUUAUAAAUCAAUUGUUUUUAUAUUGACAAAUCGGUUUUUCGAUGAAAAGGAUUUCUACCAUCAUAAUUAUGAAAAUUAUUUUUACCUAGCGCCUCAACGUUGACCUUGUGUAUUUUAUAUGAAUAAACGGAAGAUAUCCGAACCGAUGAUAGAGUCACUACUCACUAACAGACUUGGCUUUUCAAAAGUGCUUGAACAAAAGCCUACAUAAAAUAAAUAAAUUUGAAUUUCGUGCAAUCCUACUAAUAUUAUAAACGCGAAAGUUUGUGUGAAUGUUUGUUAUUCUUUAACGCCGCAAUAACUUUGGUUCAAAUUUAAACAAAACGAUUUGGUUAAAAUUUAAUACGAAGAUUGGAUAAUAGCCUAGAUUAACAAAUAGGCUACUUUUUAUCCCGAAAAAACCCGAGGGAUUUGUGAAAAACUGAAUCGCACGCGGACGAAGUCGCGGACGUCCACUAGUAUCACUUAUUUUACUUCAUUGAUACUAUAAAAUUCAAAUUAAAAUUUCAAUUAGCCUUAGUUUACAAGCACUUUUGAAAAGUCAAGUUAUGUCAUAAUUAAAAUUAAUGUAAUGGUGGUAGUAAUAGUCGAAAACUUAAAAUUAAAGUUACGAGGAUUCCAAAGUGCCUUGGUCCGAGAAGAGCCCACAACAAGCUCAGCCAAUAUAUAAUCACAUUGAGUGUUGAGGUCCCAUGUAAAAUUUUUGUGCCAAAAAGCUUGUUGCUUUUAUAUUAUUAGACCUGCCUCAUACACUCGUUUUCCGUAUUCGUUUUUCUAAUGCGUUAUUUCGAUUUAAAAUUCCGUAAGACCACCGCGGAUUUUACGUUUUUUCUCAUUCGGAAUGUAUACAGGGUGCUCGGGAGUGUUUCCCAUAAUUCUAGGGUUAUAUUCUUUAAGGGAAAUUAAUUAAAAAUGUCUAACGAACAUGAAUAUUUUCGGAGUAAAAAAUAUUCCUUUUGUAAACAGAUCUUAAAUUGUGUCCCUUAUAUCGCAUCCUUAUAUUAUGACCUAGCCAAACUUCAUCAUCAUCAUCAUCAUUUUCAGCCGAUGGACGUCCACUGCUGGACAUAGGCCUCUUGCAUGGACCUCCAAGCAUAACGAUCUCGAGCCGCCAGCAUCCAGCGGUUUCCUGCAAUCCGCUUGAUGUCCUCGGUCCAUCUAGUGGGGGGUCGACCAACACUGCGCUUUCCGGUGCGGGGUCGCCAUUCUAACACCUUGGGACCCCAACGUCCAUCGGCUCUUCGAACUAUGUGGCCUGCCCAUUGCCAUUCAGCUUCGCGACUCGCUGAGCCACGUCGGUGACUUUGGUUCGUCUGCGGAUCUCCUCAUUUUUGAUUCGAUCACGCAGAGAAACUCCAAGCAUAGAUCGCUCCAUCGCCCGCUGAGUGAUUUUAAGCCUUCUAAUGAGGCCCAUAGUUAGCGACCAAGUUUCGGAUCCGUAUGUCAUCACUGGCAACACGCACUGUUCGAAGACUUUCGUCUUCAGGCACUGAGGAAUUUCGGACGACAUCUUUUCGUCCGAAAUUCCUUUUCCGGAGUUUCCCGCACGCUGCCCAGCCGAGCUGGAUUCGGCGAUUCACCUCUUUCUCGAAAUUGGACCUACCUAACUGGACUGUGUGUCCUAGGUAUAUAUACUCGUCUACAAUUUCGAGCGCAGAGUCCUCAACAAUAACUGGGUGGAGCGUUACUUGAGCAUUAGACAUGAUCUUCGUCUUGCUCAUGUUCAUUUUUUUUUGAUAAAUAUUAUGAAGUAGCUUACUAGUGAAGUGCGGAGUGCCAGUUGCAACAUCUCGUCGAUAUCGACAGUUUUACUACUACGGUUACGUAUUUUAAAAUGCAAGGAUAGAUAAAGGCGUGUAUUACAUGGAUAAACGAAAUUAUUUUAAUUACUUUGUAUGAAAAUAAAUAAAAAAAAUUUUAGUUAAAUAAAAAUUAGCUAUGCUGUUCGGCUCCUAUAUUCAACACCUUGAAGUUAAGAGAAAUAGUCCCGAGCACCCUGUAUAGUCGCACGGGCGCGCAUUAGUUACGUAACGCGCGAAAUUUUGUUCCUUUCGGAGAAAAACGUACGUUAAUGUAUUUCAUAUUGAUGCCAUGCAUUCGGUUUUCCGAACACGGAAAACGGAAUCGGAAAAAAACGCGUGUAUGCGGUCGGCCUUAUAUACUCAAAGGCACAAUUAUUCGCCUAUUUCCAUAUUCUCGCGUCAUAUUAAAGUGGAUAAUUGUGCCUCUGAAUAUAUAUAAAAAAUACUAAAUGCGUAAUAAAAAAAUAGCAAUAUUCUGGAUGAGGCGUAAAUGGAAUGUAAUAGCAAUAAAUAUCAAACAAAAUCUAUGUUUAACUAUCAGUGCAAUAUUAACAUAAUAUUACAAAUAAAUCAUCUCAUUUACCGAUUGUGAUGCAAUAUUUCUGUGCAAUAGACAGCGUAUGUAUUUAUGUUUGUGCGUUUUUUGCAAAUUGUUAAUUGACGAUUCUUGUAUUUUUUUGUCAUUUUUAUAUUUGGAAUUGAAAUGAAAAGGCUUUUGAUUACAUUAAUUGUGUUUAAUAUGUUUUUUUUAUUUCAAUACAUUUCAUUUCCGGUGUUAGAAAGGUUUUUUUUUACAACAUAGAUUAAAACGCACAAAUGUUAACGCCAUUCAAUAAUAUACUGUACUUUUAAAAGAUUAACAACUGAUGUCUAGUUUCAGUACUUAGCAUAUACUUAUAUGGAAUGAAUAUUUUUAGAUUAAAAAAAAAAAGCAAUUCUGUAUACCUUCCUACUAUAUUUUGCGAAUGCUAUAAUAGGUUAAUCGUAAAUCUUUUGUCAUAUCAUUUAUAUUAUAAUAAUUAUUACGAGUCUUAUAUUUAAACGUUUUCUUCUACAUGUUAAUCAAUUUGAAUAUUUAGUCAAUACGUAUAUAUACGAGUAUGUCUGAGAUUUCAGAAUAACUGUGUUCUCAAGUGCUUAUAAAUGUUUUACACUACACUAGUAAAUAAAUAAAUUAUCUUUGACCUUGAACUAUGUAUUCGAUGUUCAUAGACAACUAGCAAACGCCCGCGAUUUCGUCCGUGUGAAACCCUACCCCUACUCUAAGUAUCCUAUGUCCGUCUCCUGGUUCUAAGCUACCUCUCCGCCAAUUUUCAGCCAAAUCGGUCCAGCCGUUCUUGAGGUAUAAAAAGUGAAACUAACACCUUCUUUUAUAUACAUAGUAAUGUAAACUGUCACUUGAGAAUACAAGUGUGGAUGCUUCCAAUGUAUUGUGUACACUUGUGACUGUAUUGAUUGGCAAGUUGUAAUUUAUCACACGUUCAUUGCUAUUAAAAUAUUAUUGUAAUAAUCAUGUAGACAAUAACUUUUUAGUAUUGUUUUACAAAUGCUAUAUUAUCGUUUAGAAGAUAUUUUACACUUAUUAAAAAAAAUACUGCGUAUAAAGUUUCUCGUCGAAGCCUAGUUUUACAUUACAUUAAGACGUGGAGCGAUUGCGUGAAUAUAGUUGUGUGUGAUCAACGUGUUUUUAGUCUAAAACUUUAAAGGCCAAUAUUCAACGCACACUGAAAUUAUAUGAAAAAAAAAUUGCUUAUUACUAUGAGUAUUCAUGUCUUAUAAGGGAAUCAAUAGAAAAUAUCGCUGUUUUUCGUCCUAUCGCGAUGCGAUUUGUUAAACAAACUUAACAAUUAUCUCGUAAGGUGCAUUAUAAGCCUACGGUAUGCCUAGCAUGCGUCAAUGUCAUAUCUCGUGAAGGGAAAAUACAUUAUCGACCAACAUUCGAACAUAUCGACAAAAUACAUUAGCGACAGAGUUGAAAUAUCGCUCUCCUUUUCGUCUCAACGCAAUGAAAUAUCGCUGUCCCUUUCGUCCCAACGCAAUGAAAUAUCACGCUCCCUUUCGUCCCAACGCAAUGAAAUAUCACUCUCACUUGCGUCCGAACGCCAUGAAAUAUCGUUCUUCCUUUCGUCCUAACGCACGUGUCAAGGGUUAAGCAAUAAACGACCAUGGGUAUUAGAUACGACUCAUUUGAUAAAUUAUCCUCUAGUUUCAAAGCAGAAUCUGAUCUAUGAUCUAUAGAAGGAAAUACACUUGAGAAGAAGAAGAAUUUUGUAAUAAUUCAAACACUUGUGUGCCACGAGAUAGCGAUAUAGGUUCUACGUAUAAAUAUCGCUCUCUUUUUCAUCCCAUUGCGAUAUUUAUGCUCUUUCGUUGCGUCGUGUAGAGCUACUAAUAUAAUUAUGUAGAGAAAUCUAUCAGAAUACUUUUUUCACCUUCAACAAAAUAUUUUGUCUACUUUUCAAUCGAAUAAUAUUAAUGUUGAAUACCGUUUAGUAGCAUACAUUUUUUUACAACAGAAAUAGAAUUUGAAACAAACGUUGACCUUUAAACAAAUGGGUAUCAUCCAUGAUAAUUAAAAUCCGGUUUUACUAUUGAUACAGUUUUCAAACUUUUAUUGCUUCUUAAAAAUAAAUUCACGUUAACGAAAUGCAAAAGUUGAAAUAUCAAUCCAUAAAAUAUGGCUUGGAGACACACAUCUGUAUAAAUUAUUGUCGCAAUAAAUGGUGAGAUUCAAUUUUUUUUUAAUAAAGACACUACUUUGACGUUAUAUGACAGUGCUUAUUAUUUAGCCGCUUCUGAGAAUAUAAUAAAAAUAUAUUACAUUUGUUUUAAUCUGAUUUUAAAAGCGAAUUAAUAAAUAUAUAGUAUAUAAUACUUCAAUGAUGUUCACUGGCCUUAGGUCACUAAUCUUCAAACCCGAUCUUUUUCAUUUUCUAAUUAAAUCACAACUGCUGAUUUGACAAAAAAAUAUGUCAAUUUCCUUUGUUGGGAAUAAAAUUAUACAAAUGCUUAAAGUUUUCGACAUGUAUGCUCGACAUUUAUUAAAUAUAAUAUUUUUAACAAGGAGUUGUGGGUACAUUUGACAUUUUUGUAAUCUGUGAUAUCAAAUGAACAUCUACCUAAUGAUUUUUCAUUGUCAUUUGUCUAAAGUCCCACUCGAGUAUUAAAAAUAUGCAAGUACAUGUAUUAGUUUACCGUUUAAAAUAUAAAAUAUUUUUUACAGUGUAAUAAAAAUAUUGACGGCUCUAUAUAAUAUUAUAUUGUAUUGACUAUAUUAUAGGAUAAGCAGCCAUUACAUUUAAAAAAAAAUUGUAAAAUUUAAAUGAAAAUUAAAAAAAAUAUAACGUAAAAUAUUUUAUAAUUCUUCCCACGAUUUAUAUACAUCUAAUUUAUCACAAGAUCUCCUUGUUAAUAAGAUAUUUAGGAGGUCAAGCUAUAUUCAUAUUUAAUUUCAUAUUGGACAUUUAAAGAUAAAUUGAACUUUAGCCUGAUAAUUAUUUAUUAAUUAAGUAUGUAUUUUAUAUAAAUCUUGCAAAUAUACUUGGAUAAAAUAUUAUUACGGGGAAUUUUACUUCCUUUACCAUUACAUUAAUUGACAAAACAUAACAUCGUUACAAUAAGUGAAUUAAAUAGUAAUAUAAUAUAUAUUAUACUAAUAAAGAAGUAUUGCGUUUUUUAAAUAAUCUUAUAAAAGGUCACAAAGUUUUGUGGAGCCCUAAUUAAUGAGUAAAUGUAUGGCUUGUGGCUCCAUCCUUAGAAUAAAUGUAUAUUUUAUGGUGGUAUUCGCGAAAAGACUACUAAAACUACAUAUAUAAUGUAUAUAUGAUAUGUUCUCGUAUUUUUUAUAUAUGCUAAUUAGGACCAAGUCUUACUUUUGAAUCAACAGACUUCCAGAUUUCUUACUUCCUCCAGAGUCCAUGGCCAAAAGGCGUCACCAAUAAUUUACUCAUCCCACAUACCCCAUAGGUCGCAAUGUCGACACGUCCUCAGGGUUCUUCUCAAGCCCUUGUCCGAAUCUUAACCCUUUUACAGCUUUUAACCCGUCCCUUGACAUUUGACCUUUUUAGUCUGUGCAAUAUGCUUCCUUAGGCGGGCUAGUGUAAUACUAUAGACCAUUUAUUGGCGACCAGCCCGUAGUUCCGAGGCAUUUUCUAGACAUCAAUUUUAGCUUUAGCAAUUCGGGCAGUCUGGAUUAAUAAAUAUUAUACCCUUCGAAAAAGUUUCUUUUUACAUCUAUUCAUAAUUUCACAAUUCAAAGGAAAUCAACCGAAACUCGUCCUUUUCUUCAAAAAGGUGUCACAAAAGUGAAUGAAAACUCAAAAACAGCAAUUCUUUUCUAGAGUUCAGUAAAUUGGGUUACAGUAGUUUUGUAAAUAUAAUUUCAUAUAAUUUUCCUUUGUAUUUAUUUAUAUAAUUCUAAAGUGAGAAUAACAAUUUCAUGUGAUUAGUUUAGCGAUUUUUUUAUGUGCGUAAUAUGGUGUUACAGGUUACUGUAGUUCGCGCAACAUUAAUUAAUUUAAUAAGAUGUGAACGGUGUUACAAUUAAAAUGUGAUCUUUAUAUAUAUAAAAUUUAUAAUUAUUAUUAUUAUAUGAAUUUGCUUUUUGUUAUUUCUAAAAAUAUCAGAAAUCACAAAAAAUAAAUUGUCUGUGAUUACUUGAAAGUACGUUUUUUUAUAUGUAAGUAAAUUUCAACGAGUGAUUAUGUAGUGUGUGCCUGUAUCUAUAUAUGUUUUAUAAUACAUAUUAUUAUAAUAAUAUGGUUGUUCUGUGUUUGCGCUUUGUCAUCGAUUUUAAGUAAUAUAUUUAAUGCAAUAACUAGGUAUAUAGUAUAUAGCUUAUUCUUAAACAUCAACAUCGGUUAGUAUUAAAAUUUAUUAUAAUAUUACUUGAUGAUAUAUAAUAGUAACAAAAUUAAUUAAUAUUCUUUAAUGUUUAUAUAUAAUUUUUGAAAAUUAGUUUGUACAGACUGAAUUAGUCUUAUACUAGUAACAGACAGGCCAUAGAUAUAUUUCUAAAUUUGUGUUUCUUUACUCCUUAUCAUUUGAAAGUUAAAGCAUGUAUUAAUUUACAUCUUUCUGAAUUUUAGCUACAUUUUUAAUGGCAACUUUUUUUUUGAUUAAUUAAUAACUUAAACAAAACGUGUUGUGAUCCUUCGAUAUAUUUAUAAGUCGUAUAAUAGGACGUAGAUACAUAUGUAGGUUAUCUUAAGAAAUAAUAUUUCUACUAGUAUACCAUGUUUUGAAAAUGCUUUGAAUAUCAUUUUUAAUAUUAUAUCAACGCUAAAUGUUAACAGAAAAAUAAUUUGAGUUAUUAACUUAUAACAAAAGGUACAUUAUGUUAGACAUAACUCGAUCAUUUAACGAUUUUUUUUUAUUAAUCGAUCUACGAUUAUAACAGCGUGAUUUCACAUGCUCACUAUUUUAGUAAACAUAUCAAUAAAUAUCAAUAAAAUUGAAGUGUCUAUAAUUUAAUAAUGUUUUUAUUUUGCAUGUAGUCAUUUACAUGAUACUAAAAAACACUUGAGUUUUUUUUAAACUUUUGUCUGACUACCAGUUUGCCCGUGCUAAUGUCUGAAACGACUGAACUGAUUUUAAUGGGACUUUCAGUGAUAGAUAGAGGGGGUUAUUGUUCGCAUACAGGCCACUUUUUAUCCUGAAAAUAAGUAUGAUUCAGGAUAAGUGAAAAACUAGAUUUGACGUUGGCGAAGUCGCGGGCAUCUGCUAGUUUUGUAUAAAAUUCAAAAACAUAAAAACAUUUUAAAUGCGACAGAAAUUUUACACUCUAAACUGAACCGGUCGUUUAGAAUAUUUGCUAACAGAGGGGAUAGAAAAGGGUUGCAUGGUACAGAAAAAACCUUUCAGUACAGUCUCCCAGAAGAUUUAAAAAAAACUUAUAUUUUCGCGCAAAACCGCAAGGAAUGUAAUAGUUUUUCGUAUUGCACAAGAAAAAAAAUACGAGUGAAAUGUGAAAUCGCUGAAAUGAUCGAGUUUCUUCGAAGUACUUUACUGCGUAUAUAUCUAAUUAUUUUGUUUAGUCUUAUACUGUGUAGGUUAUCGCUGGGUUAUAAAUACAAAAAAAAAAACAAAAUAAGUUUACCUCUUCAAAUAGGGAUCAAUAAAUCAAAAUCUAUUUUUCAUAAAUUUUAAGUGCGUAUAGAAGUAAAUUAAGAUUGUGUUUGUUCGGUAAAUAAUGAAUACAAUAAUAAAUGAUAAGACAUAUUUUGUAUUGGUAUAGUACAUUAGUUUUUAAUAUUUUUGCUCUCGGCACGUCAGUCACUUAGUGUAGUUACGUAUCUCCCAGCAAUUUAAAUUACUGUUAGAUUUAAUUGGUUAGAUUAUAAUCUUGUAUACUAAGUGUCCUUGACUAUUCAAUCAGUAGUUUUAUAAGACAUAGCUCUGAAAAUAUAUGACGCACUUAUAGAAUAAGAAACGCUGUUUUAUACGCUAUUGAUGAUAUCCCAUUAAGUCGCCUACCAUGGUUAUAUUAACAUGGUCGUAAGUAAUUUCUCGGCGCACAUUGUCUUUUUAAUAAUAAACCAUUGUAAUCAAUACAUGUAAAUAAAAUUGAAGUGUCGUGUCUACGAUUUCAAAAUGUGUUAUAUCAAUUGCUUAUAGCUAUUUACACGACACCAAAACAAAAUCAAACUUUAAAAAAAAUAUCUGUCUGUCUUUAUCUGUUCAUAUCUUUGAAACGGCUGAAUAAUAAUAAAAGAUAGAGUAAGUUAUUAAGCAACAUAUAGGCUUCUUUUUAUCCGGAAAAAUCCAUAGUUCUCGCCGGAUUCAUGAAAAACUGAGUUUCACGCGUAAGAAGUCGCGGGCGUCCGCUAGUAGUAAAUAUAAAUUGAUACUAAUUUCGAGCGUUUUGAUCCAGCGACUUAAUGGGGGUCAAGGCUUCCCAAUAAUGAGAUAGCGAUAAACUGCUUAUAAUUAUUAAACGUCUGUCUUAUUCGUAAUGCUGCGUAGAUGUAUGCGUAUAAUUACUUAUAUCAUGUAUUCGUAUAGCAAUAUAAUAUGUUCUUCCUUUAAGGUCUAUCCAUUCCUGUAAAUGAUUUGUCACGUAAUCACGCUUGUAUCGGAAAAAAUAAAAAUUGAGGAACAAGUUCUCCUGUGAUACCACAUACGAUAUCAUCAUUAACAACCCACAUUCGGCUCACUGUUGAGCACGAGUCUCCUCUCAGAUUUUUUAAAUUUUUUAAAAAGAAUAUUUGCCAUCUUUUUUAAAUAUGACCAAUAUUCCCAUUCCCCUCCAACUAGUCGGGAAAGACUGUGCUAGGAGUGGGUACGACAAUAGACCAACGGGGCGGGGAUCGAACCACCACUCCUCGGUGAUGAGUCCGACCGCUCUUACCAUUGACCUAUUGAGGCUUUAAGAAUGAGAAGGGUGAAGAAUGAGAGAGGUUAAGCCUUAGUCCACCACGCUGGCCAAAUGUGGAUUGGCAGACUUCAUACACAUAGAGAAUUAAGAAAAUUCUCAGGUAUGCAAGUUUCCUCACGAUGUUUUCCUUGACCUGAUUUGAACCUACGCCCUCCGAAUCGAAGACGGGUCAUAUUCACUGGGCUAUCACGUUUCUCUACAUAUUUGGUCAUAUUCAUAUGUCUCACAGAUUUUUUUUAUUAAAAUUCCACACCAGUACCAAAACAAAAACUGUACGUGAACACAAAUCAUGUAACUACCUAUCUGGUUUUGAUAGACCUUACAUUUAAAGUUGUAAUUAUCUAAGAUAAACAAUAAUUUGAAUUAGAUACCCUAGGGUGAAAAUCAAGUUUUAUUAUUAUAAUUAUGUAAAACUUGCAAGUUUUAAAUAUCAUAAAUAAAUAUGAUUGACUUAGUUAAACUAUCUAUUUUUUUAUCGAGGUUGUAUUAUAUAUUUUAUACAAGUAAAUUUUCAUGUCACUAGCCUGUGUAAAAUUUUCUUUUAGAAAUAUCUUUUUAUUUUCAACUACUACCAGACAAUUUAAUUAUUUAAAUAUUUUGUCGCAGUUUAUGUGCCUACUGUCUCUGUAGCGUGACCGAUAAAUAUUUGACUAUUGUAUUUUAAUAAUAAUUAGAUAAUAUACUUUGAUCACGAUGCCUGUAUCUGCAAUAAAUAAUCUAUGUAUUAGGAUAUCCAUAAGAACUGUAUCUGAAAUAUUUUGAUAGUUCUUUUGAGGUUCACGAGCAUUGAAAUAUGCUCGCUGCACCCCCAUUAACCAAAUUUGUAAAUAUUUAGUUAAUUUUUUUUUUAAUUUUUAGUAAUAGAAUGUAUAAGUGUAUUGUGAUAUCAUAGUAAUUUUAAUACUUUUGUCUUGUCAUUAUCACUAUAACCAAUGAACGCCACUUUUGUACAUAGGGUUUUCGAUAAGGACUUCCAAAUGUCAAGGCUCUGGGUCGCCUGUAACUAAUGCUUUCGACCAACUUGACUACUUCUUAAAUGAAUGAUUUUGAGACAAUUGGAAGUUAAUUUCGCUGUAUUUUAAAUUGGAAUGACAUUUUGUAAACUCGUUAUUCGCUAAUAUUAUAUUAUGUAAUAAAACGUGUAAACUA